UUAACUAGUUAAGCAGACGGUCACCAUAUUUGAUGAGAAAUCAUUGAGAAAUAAAUAUUAUGUGAUUUUAAUUUAUUUCAGUUUGUCUAUAUAAAAAGAACAUGCUACAUUGAAACGAAGUGCGGCUGCUAACAUUAACUAUGGAUUCGACGCUAUCCUUCUUUAGUCUACCAUUUGUAGACUCCGAGAGUGCUGAAUUGGCACUUAAUAUCAAGCACGUGAAUCCAGACUGUGGUUAUGAUGAGCUUCACUCCAGCUUGCCCUCACACAGUGGCUUGCUAGGCCACGAUGACGUGUUGGCCCAGUUCCUGUCGCCAGACGAGCCGCUGGAGGAGCCCGACCUCAACGGCCCCACCACCUUGCACUGCGAGAUAUGUCAGAAAAAGUUUGACAAUGCUAAGAAGUACUAUGGUCAUCUUAGAAUACAUUCCAAGGGCAAUGCUUGGGUUUGUGACAAGUGCCCGGACCAGAAGUUUCCCACUAAGCAGCACCUCAUGAAGCACAGCCUCAGUCACAAGCCCCUGGAGCGAGUGUGGCGGUGUCAGCACUGCAGCCUGUCCUUUGAGGCCCUCUGGAGGCUCCAACAGCAUCUCUUCUCUACCCAUUUGGAGAACAGGCCCCACAAAUGUGAUGAAUGUGAAAAAUGUUUCCAUAAAAAAUCUGAUUUAAAGAGGCACAAAGACAUGCACAGCAAUGUAAAGAAAUUCGCCUGUUCAGUAUGUGAGAUGGAGUUCAAAGACAAGUGCAAUCUUAAGAGGCAUAUGUUGCGGCACACCAACGAGAAGCCCUACUGCUGUGCAGGCUGCGGCAAUAGGUAUAAACAGUUGGCAUCCAUGAAAAGGCACAGUGUGAAGUGCCCCAAAAAUCAGAACAACAUAAAUGUGGAUCCCAAAGUAAGGAAGAAUCACUGCACAGUGUGCGGCAUGAUGUUUCAGUACAAGAGUGCUUUAUUGGAACAUUGCGUCAGGAUUGUAACUGAACUAUAUUCGUACAGGGUGCACACAAACCCUCCAAGCACCGCAAGCCCCCCCGACACCGAACCCGACAAGCCCCACGUGCAGCUCACCAUAGACCACAACCGCCUCGACACCAUCGUCGACGACAUCCUCGCUGCCGAGGACGACUACCUCUCCCUCUCGCACAACAACAUCCUCAACUACAACCAGAACGAGACACAAGAUAAUAAUGAUAACCUCAUGCAUGUGGAAUUCUUAAAAGCAAUGAAUCAGUUACACAGUCUUGAUGAUGAACUGUUUUAUAACGAUUUAGAUUUAGAUAACUUCCAGGCUUCACAUAUAUUUAACAUGAAUACUAAUGAUAUGGACUACGGAGAUAAAAAUGGAGAAAUUCUCUUCGAUUUUGCUGAUAAUGGGAGAAGUAUGGAUCAAGAUAUUAUGAAUGUGCUCUCCGAUGCUGCAGCCCCGGAGACAACUAAGACUGAACCCGAAAAUCCCCCAGUCUCUGUGGACGAAUGUGCGACGAUUUUUGAAAGUGAUGUAGAUUUAGAAGCAAGUACAAAUUUAGCGGCUAAUUUGAAUCAGUUGAUUGGCGAGAAUAAUGUUCAUUAUGUUUCAACGGAGGAUGAUGAUACAUUUAUAAUUAGUUUGAACAGUGCUAUAGAUGCUGAACAGUUGACGGAUAUGUUAAAUAUAGGAAUUGAAUUAGUUGAAAAUAAUAAUGAAGAGAAAACAUCAGAAGUAGUACCGGAACCAGAUAAGACUGAUUAUCAGAUAGAUGAGCCAAUCGUAGUGAAAAUUGAAGAACCUAUACUCAGUAACGUCGCGCCUAAUGAUAACAAGAAAAAUGUUGUAGUAACGCCAAAGAUAAAGAAAUGCACUUUAUUUAUUUGCCGGACAUGUAAUAAAGUAUUUAAAAAGAAGGAAAAUUACAAGUCACACAAAGCAAUACACAACCCAUCCCUGCGCUCGCACCGCUGCCGCUCGUGCGGAGUCCGCUUCAGCUACCGCUCCACGCUCAACAAGCACCGCGCCAUGCACGAGCGCAGGCCCGAGCGGCGCCUCGAGUGCGGACACGAGGGGUGCCACAAGGUGUACGACGCGGCGUGGAAGGUCGGUGUUUACUGUUUAAUACUUAUCGCUACACAACCCAUCUCUGCGCUCGCACCGCUGCCGCUCGUGCGGAGUCCGCUUCAGCUACCGCUCCACGCUCAACAAGCACCGCGCCAUGCACGAGCGCAGGCCCGAGCGGCGCCUCGAGUGCGGACACGAGGGGUGCCACAAGGUGUACGACGCGGCGUGGAAGGUCGGUGUUUACUGUUUAAUACUUAUCGCUACACAACCCAUCUCUGCGCUCUCACCGCUGCCGCUCGUGCGGAGUCCGCUUCAGCUACCGCUCCACGCUCAACAAGCACCGCGCCAUGCACGAGCGCAGGCCCGAGCGGCGCCUCGAGUGCGGACACGAGGGGUGCCACAAGGUGUACGACGCGGCGUGGAAGCUACCGCUCCACGCUCAACAAGCACCGCGCCAUGCACGAGCGCAGGCCCGAGCGGCGCCUCGAGUGCGGACACGAGGGGUGCCACAAGGUGUACGACGCGGCGUGGAAGCACCGCGCCAUGCACGAGCGCAGGCCCGAGCGGCGCCUCGAGUGCGGACACGAGGGGUGCCACAAGGUGUACGACGCGGCGUGGAAGGUCGGUGUUUACUGUUUAAUACUUAUCGCUACACAACCCAUCUCUGCGCUCGCACCGCUGCCGCUCGUGCGGAGUCCGCUUCAGCUACCGCUCCACGCUCAACAAGCACCGCGCCAUGCACGAGCGCAGGCCCGAGCGGCGCCUCGAGUGCGGACACGAGGGGUGCCACAAGGUGUACGACGCGGCGUGGAAGUCCGCUUCAGCUACCGCUCCACGCUCAACAAGCACCGCGCCAUGCACGAGCGCAGGCCCGAGCGGCGCCUCGAGUGCGGACACGAGGGGUGCCACAAGGUGUACGACGCGGCGUGGAAGGUCGGUGUUUACUGUUUAAUACUUAUCGCUACACAACCCAUCUCUGCGCUCGCACCGCUGCCGCUCGUGCGGAGUCCGCUUCAGCUACCGCUCCACGCUCAACAAGCACCGCGCCAUGCACGAGCGCAGGCCCGAGCGGCGCCUCGAGUGCGGACACGAGGGGUGCCACAAGGUGUACGACGCGGCGUGGAAGUCCGCUUCAGCUACCGCUCCACGCUCAACAAGCACCGCGCCAUGCACGAGCGCAGGCCCGAGCGGCGCCUCGAGUGCGGACACGAGGGGUGCCACAAGGUGUACGACGCGGCGUGGAAGGUCGGUGUUUACUGUUUAAUACUUAUCGCUACACAACCCAUCUCUGCGCUCUCAUCGCUGCCGCUCGUGCGGAGUCCGCUUCAGCUACCGCUCCACGCUCAACAAGCACCGCGCCAUGCACGAGCGCAGGCCCGAGCGGCGCCUCGAGUGCGGACACGAGGGGUGCCACAAGGUGUACGACGCGGCGUGGAAGUCCGCUUCAGCUACCGCUCCACGCUCAACAAGCACCGCGCCAUGCACGAGCGCAGGCCCGAGCGGCGCCUCGAGUGCGGACACGAGGGGUGCCACAAGGUGUACGACGCGGCGUGGAAGCACAACCCAUCUCUGCGCUCGCACCGCUGCCGCUCGUGCGGAGUCCGCUUCAGCUACCGCUCCACGCUCAACAAGCACCGCGCCAUGCACGAGCGCAGGCCCGAGCGGCGCCUCGAGUGCGGACACGAGGGGUGCCACAAGGUGUACGACGCGGCGUGGAAGUUAAAAAAUCACGUAGAGCGCGACCACGAAAAACUGACGCCGUACAAAUGCGACAGACAGGGUUGUGGGAAGAGGUUCUACAAGAAGUGCGACUUGCAGAAACAUGACAGGUUCCACUCCGGCGAGCGGCCGUACUCUUGUGACAUCUGCCAGCGCGCCUUCCAGCAGAUCUCGCAUCUGAAGCGCCAUAUACGGACCGUCGACUGCACUCAACACGCACAGCGAUGAAGGUUCCGGAGCUCCGCUAGUUUAAUUAUGAAUCAAGACUAAUGCUGUGAUAAUGCACUUUGUUAAUAUGAUAGUAAUUAUGAUUAUUAAAUAUAUUUGAACAUA